AUGCAAUGGGCAAACUUUACAAGCAUGAUAACGGUGUUAGUCACAAUUGCACUUUCGGCAACAUUGAUGCUCUCCAGAAAAAAAACAGAGAUCAACCAGAGCUUAGUUAUCUACCCUGUUCGGUAUAAUUACGCUCAGCAUGCUUAUUUUUCAUAUAGCUUUGCACUCUUGCUCACUAGUUUGUUUUCAAAUAGUUUUUGGUUUCUAGGGUACCGUUCAAAGCUCGUAGAGCUUAUUAGUAUUUUUUUGCGGUGGAUCCAACGCGUGCAAUAUUUUGUGUUGAAUAAUGUAUCUGAAAAAUCGUCCUCGCGCCCAACAUCACGGGGGCAGAAUUGUUUUGAUUUAUACUUUGUUUUAUUUCUCGCUUUAUGGUACACUAUUGUGAUGUGUGAAUGGAGCCUUGACAUGCAAUUGUUUGCAAUAUUUUAUUUUAUCUUGGUUGCACCCACGAUCGUCACUCGUUUUUUUCGGAACAAUAUUGGUUCAGGCCUGAAUAUUGAAUUACUUUUCUAUCUGAGUACUAUUCUGUGGCUACGUCUGAUGGUUCCAUUCAACGAAAUUCAGAUAUUGUCUCGAAUGAUGCGGACGGCGCUGAUUAUACUUCUUAUGGUUUACAAAAACAGCGAUAAAAUGCAUCACACCUUAUCAUCAGAAUUUUACAUCUGUUUAUCUACACUGCUGACAGGGAUUGAGUUCUUAUACUUUCCUCGUACCAAACAGAUCGACCAAAACGGUAUGGAUGUUUCUGAUCAGAGACAUGGCUUAAUUCCACAUAAAUUCAGGACAUAUACUCCGAAAUUUCUUAGCAGCUAUAAACUUUCACUAAGUUAUGAAGCUUUUUUGGAUGAAAACCUCGUUGCGUUGGGUUUUGUGUGUCUCCUAACACUCGCGUUCCGAAAGAAUGACUCAGGGAAAGGGCGAAAGGAUCGUAACCCAAAACCGGACACCACCCAACAUUUUGAAAACAUCAAUGAUAAAGGAGUAAAGACAUUCCUGGGGAGACUUUGGGGGUUUGUGUACUUCUUAAAGACAGGUCGUACACACAAGGGCUCCCAAGGUGUGAUUUCAGUCUCUACGCUGUUGCCUUCAAUCCCAUGCAAACCCAAUCAUGUGGAGUGGAACAACCGAAAAUGUGCAGCGGUUUUCAGGUCACUAUCUAAAGGUGAUGGGGAGAGGGCUUUUAAUACCACUGGCCUGUCCCCCUCGAAUUGCACGGCUUCACCGAUAAGCGGGAAGGCGAAAACGGAGGAUGACUUCGCGUGUUCGAGUCCUUCAUUGAGUGAAGAAGGAACCCUCCAUAGCAUCCAUAAUGAGAAGCGCCCACACAUCUCAAUGGUUGUCCACAGCGCUGUUAGAGAAAUCACCGCUAAGUUCAUCGAUAACACAUUGCUGGAAACUUGUCCGGAGAUCGAGCAGGUCUCGAUGUCAAACUCUUACCGACGUGCCUCCGCAGAUGAAGUGCUCAAUACAGAUGAUCCUCAUACCUUUGAAGGAUUUGAAAACGGCUUCGUGUUCGCUAAUACUACAGAAAUCGAUUCGAACGUCUCAGUAGGGGACUUUCUUGCCUCUAAAUCACUAUCUAUUUUUCAUAAAGUAUUACCGAAAGGGAAAAAGGAUCAGGAUCAAGAUGAAUUGAAAUCUGUGGCAUGCGAUAAUUUGGAUUCUACCACAUCAACUUCAUCCCUGAAGACGAAGGAGUCUGAUUUCAUUAACUCAGAGAAAAGUACAACAAUAAAUAUCCAAGAGACUUUGGGCUGCGGUUGUGAUAGCAAAACGUUGGUUGAAUACCAAGAUGAAAAGAAUGAGGAGUUGAAAUCAACUAGCCUGGAUCACAAAAGAAGAGAUUCAUUGCAGCAAUCGACUGAGAUGGACAAACAGACGUCUUUAGACGAUAUCAUCACUUCUUUGUCACAGUUUAGUCACCAAACAACAGAAUAUAUUGAAUCGCAUCUAAAGACUGAUGAAGAUUUAGCAGAUCAUUCUGAGGAUAUUCAGCGUCCUGCAGAGGCUGCGUUGAAAGACAACGUGGAUGUCGAAUCGGUUUCGGAACCGUUUGCGCGCGUAUUAUCCAGGAUUCAUUCAUCUCAGAGUGUCGAAUCUACACAAUUUCUCAAUAGUUAUCCAGGCACUCUGAGCGGCUAUUCACAGAAAGAUUCUGAAGAAAUUAAGAAAAAAAUAAGGAGGCUCAUACUGUCAUAA